AUGAAUAAAAGAUGUGUGUCCGCGGGCGUACGCGAGCUUGUUCAUAAGCAAGGCAUACGGCCCCCGUGGCGGCCAUCGGCAGGGAUCCGAGACGUAGAGCGGUCCGAGGCAUACGAGCGGUCCGAGGCAUACGAGCGAGUAAUAGCAACUGCCUACGGCCUAGCACCCACCCCGCAAGCAACUACCCCACAGAAACUUCCUAGCAACCGCUAG